CAAAAUCUAUUGGCUCUUUACAACGCGCCAGGAGUCAGUCGGGCGCACCAACAAAUUGCUGCAAUGGUCGGGGAGAAUUCUACAAAGAGACGCCUCAAACUGUUGCCAUGUGGAGAAAGAGACAAACUGUCCUGGGUGCUUCUCGUGAGUUCUACUGCUGUGUGACACAUGUUUGUAACCGAGCGGCUGGGGAUAUUACGUGUUGUGACUGGACACUAUGUGAACGCAGUGUCUGAGACACAAGUGUGCCUCUUAGAUUCAUAACAUUCGAUGGUUAGUCGUUUUGACUUUGAGACAAAAAAUUUCAAAUUUUGGACUAAAACAGGACCAAGUUAAUCGUCUACUCAAAUCGUUCCUUCUGUAAAACUGCAGCCGUUGAAAAUCCGGUUAACACCAUGGCAUUCCCUACAAACUUGUACCCUGUGACUGAGAUCGUAAAUGACACUCUGAACGCCACCAUGUCCGAACCACCACCCCCAAGCCUCACGUGGGCCAUCCUCACGGGGACAUCACUCUCCAUCGUCACACUCACCUCCAUAUUAGGAAAUGCCCUGGUAUUGGUCACUCUCACGGUGGAACGUCAUCUCCGGACUCCUGCUAACUCUCUGAUUGGCUCCCUGGCUGUGGCAGAUCUCUUGGUCUCCCUAUUGGUCAUGCCCAUCAGCGCAUCCUACGAGCUGACACAAACAUGGCGGCUGGGGCGGGCCAUGUGCGAUAUCUGGAUCAUCCUGGACGUGACCUGCUGUACGGCCUCUAUCAUGUCUCUCUGUAUCAUCGCACUGGACAGGUACUGGGCUAUCACUGAUGCGGUCAAGUACGUUCACAAGCGCACGCCGAAGCGGAUGAUGGUGAUGAUCGGCGUGGUGUGGCUGCUGUCCCUCUGCAUCUCCAUCCCGCCCGUGUUCGGCUGGAGGAAACCCGAGGACACGGCUGAUCCCAACAACUGUCUCAUAUCCCAGGACCACGCCUACACCAUUUUCUCCACGUUCGGCGCGUUCUACAUCCCGCUCAUCAUUGUCCUGGCUGUGUACUACAAGAUCUUCCGCGCUGCGCAGGCGCGGAUCAGGAAAAGGAUCAACUCUCGCGCCAAAAUGGGCCUGUCCCAGAUGCGACCAUCUCAUGACAUGACGCAUGCGCAAAGCCAUGCACCAUCCUCCUCCCCCGAAUUGUCCCACCGCCCCCAUUCCGGCCAUGAGUCUAUGGCAAGAGCCCAGCCUAUCGCCAUGUCCACCUUGGUCGUGCCACGGCCUGCGUCUGCCUCCAGAAGCCCCAACGUAACAAAUAGACAUGGUAUUUCGAUCUUCCAAUCUCUCCAGGCGGAGGGGGAGCCCACAGAGAACCACCUUGCGGACGUGGAGCGGCCGGGGGCCCAGAACGGCACGCUGCAGACGGGCGGCAGAGCCAUGCGCUACUCCCGCCGGCUCAACGGGGGACACGCGGCGGACAACAACAAUCCGGGCCUCACCCCGGAUGCCGUCACAACUACCGAGGCCCUCCAGUCGAGGAUCGUAACCCAGAAGAAGAUCCUGUUCUCCAAGGAGCGGAAGGCGGCUCAGACGCUGGGGGUCAUCACGGGGGUUUUCGUGUUCUGUUGGCUCCCGUUCUUCCUGGUGGCACUGAUCGGCCCCUUCUGCAGCCACUGUCAUAUCUCUGACGUCAUCAAAAGUGUCGUGCUGUGGCUCGGCUACGUCAACUCCAUGGUCAACCCUUUCCUGUACGCCUUCCUCAACAAGGACUUCCAGAAGUCCUUCAAGAAGAUCCUGUUCGGCAGACGCUAAGACAUCGCCGUAAAGUACCCGGUGGGGCAUCGGUUCGGAAAUGUGACAAUAGCAUGACUGUAAAACCCGUGCCCCCCUCCCCCAGGACUUCAGAGCCCGGUCGGUACCGAGAUCGUUUGUGCAUUCCAUCCAUACGGGACCACUUGGACAAAGUAUACGUAGCGGCCGAAUGGACAGAAUUCCUACGUGGGAAGGCCGGUCGAAAAAAAAAUUAUAGGAAUAGGUCACGAUUUUUCCCACCAACCUCUGCUUGGAGAGUAAGAAUUCCCUGGUAUAAGUCUCUGUUAUAUACACCAUUACUGACAAGCCUACAUGGACCACAGGAAAUAGAGGGCAUUGUUGUUUCUGUACCUGUAUCGUACAUAAUUCCAAGUCAAUUUUCAUGAACCAGCUAGAUCCAGCUAGCACUGAAUUGUGUUUCACUGAGCUCUCUUUGACGAAAACAAAAGGUUGUAGAUAUUUGUCAUAGUGGCUUCUGAAAACGUCUCUGACAAUCAGACGACAAAAAUCAGGCGACGUAUGUGACUGGGGCUCAGCUGAUGAUAAAUAGAUUCAGACCACUAGCUGGAGUUUGACGGUAUUUCCUAACGCGGAGAUUCUUUUUAUGAUACCAAUCGUGUGAUCAUAACAGUUUUGCGACAGAUUUGAGAGAGCAAAGGCGAUUCUCACGAAUUGAAAUAUGUUUUAGUAUCUGCAUGUUUUAAACUAUUUUCGCACUGUAUAAGACACUCACUGCUUCAGUGUGGGGGCACUACCCUAGCUGAUGCCUACAAUGAUGACACAUGAAGAUAUCUCUGGAAGAUAUCAGAAAUAUUCGAGUGACCUUAUAGGUAAAAGUGGUCAUUACAAAUUAAUAAUCUGUCGCAUUUUAGAGCUUCUGCUCAGUGAAAGUGAAGAUAUAUGGACAAAGGAGAGAAAUUGAUAAGUUCAUUUCGUUUUUAUCAAGGAGGUCAAAAAGAUUUUGUUUUAUAGUAAACGAGUAAAUGAGUAACUUCUUAAACGGUAGAUAGUAGAGGCAGUAUAAUGAGAAUAUAUAGAACCGUUGACAUAAUUUUUCUACAAUCGGCGAUUUGUAGCCACACAAGUAUAUAUACUAGUGCAUAUUGUCCAUAUUUAUCUACCAAAUGUCUAUGCCAUCUCCCUCUAUAGUGUUUUAGAUAGAUAUACGUGGGGACGUGGGGAAUUUCGACCAUUUGACCUGACGUAUUUCUUGACGUCACAGCCCCCUCUGAGAAUAGACCUCUACUCUUCAGACCAUUAUUCGAUGGAAGACGUACAUAUGUUUGCCAAGUCAUGUAAUCCAUUUGGGCAAACUGAAGAUAUUGACACAUCAUUCCAGCCAUAUUUCCAUGGGAAAGUUGGCCGUAGAAUAAGUACAUAGAUAGAAAACCUAUGUUCUUCAGAAAACACUGCAUAGUCGCCAGUCACAAUUUUUGCAUUUUAUUGAUCAGAGAAGUCAGUCGGUAGCAUUUCUGUAUAUCUUUCUAUGACAUGAUAUAUUUAUUAAGAUAUAUAUCUUAACUUUUCUUGUAUGAUGAUCCGUAUACAGAAGUAUACUAUAUACAAAUACGGUUAUGUUGUGCAGUUUAAUUAAGUAACAUUUGGGAUGGUGUUUGCAAAUUAGGUUCAGCGAUCAUUUUUGUAAACGCAAAAGCAUGCUUUUCUUGCAAGAUGUAUUUUUUUCAUGUAAUUGUAAAGUUGUCCGUUAGCAAUUCUUUGCUGUACAGAAGUUACGGUAACUUCUGCAGUUUGAUUACUGUUGUACUUUUAUUUUGCUCCCAACCAUUCUCGAUUUGAACCGGGCCCAGUUUUUCCUGUUAGUGUAAUUUUCCGCCUACAACCACGAUCGUAUAAAAAUCUGCAAAGUCACGACCUUUCCUCCAAUCGACUGCCCCCUAGCAGGUGUUCUCGGUUUUAACGGUUACUGAGUACGGUUUGUGAUGACCCCUGUGACCUUAUGACAUCACGUGAUGGUGUAGAGGCCACAACUUAUGUCAGAAGAGCUGAGCGUCAAAACGACGAUCGAAAGCAUCAAGGCAAGAUGAAAUUUAACGAUAAGCCAGAAAAUGUAUAUAUUCAGCUAUUUCUUGGUCUGAUGUUUUGCCUUUUUAAGUUAAUGGUAACCGAGUACGACUUUAUUGCGACUUCUGAGGCCAUAUGACAUCACGUGAGGUCAGAGGUCACAACUUACGUCCGAAUUGCCCUGAGUCAAAACUACGACUCGAUAUCACUCGGGCAAAAUGAAAGUUAACGAUUAGCCGGGGAAUGUAAUAUGUAUUUGGCCUUACCAGGGACUAAUGAUAUUAUAUAGUUUACCUUUUUAAGAUCUGGUUCGCCAAGUUGCCUAAUGUACAUUAUAAAAAAGAUAGACUGUAUUCUCUAACUUUGUUACCUCAGAAGUGUUUGUUGUAUAAAAGUGAUCUUAUUUCAGUGCCAUGUGCGUUGACAUGUUGCCGACGUAACUUGAUGAAUGUUGAUGCUUUACUUUGGGUCUUUGCUGAUAUUUUUUCUAAGG